UCGCGGCGCCUCCGCUGUACCUGCAUGCCGUCAGCCCGUCAGUGGCACAGGCGCUUGCAAGCGCGUAGUGCUCCCAAUGUCAAUUGCACGACGACAGCCAGUGGAAAGGGUCUACGAGGGCUGCGACAUAAAAUUACGAGCAUCUACUCGUCUACUAGCGGCGCGCGAGGACCUGCAGCUGUUUGCGCUCCGGGCGAUCGGCGGCAGGGCGGCUUGUUUCCUGGUCGUUCCGCCAAUCAAAGCGGAGCCAAGGAUAGGAACUCCUUAAUCUGCACGACCAUGGCCUCCCGCCUCCAACGGCACAUCUCAAAACGCAGCCCUGCCCACCGCUCCCUCUCCCUUUCUCCCCGCGAGAGUCCGCUCAUUCACCAACCGACCCAGUCACUCCUUCUCCAUCGCAGUCGCGUCUGGCAUACGCGCUCGACUACACACUCAUUUUUCAAGUCUACAGUUGCGAACUGACCGUCACCAUGUAUUCAAUUGCUCUUUCUGCCGUCGCCCUGCUCGCGGCUCUCCCGACAACUCUGGCGCAGACGCACACCACCUGUAACCCUCUCAACACCACAUCAUGCCCUAAUAUGCCAGCUUUGGGAGGCAACGCCACAUUUGAGUUCAAUGCCACCAGUGGGGGCAUGAAUCCCAACAUCUGGAAAAAGGAGAAUGCGGGAUCGGUCGACUACAGUGACAAGGGCACCACCUUCACCGUGGACCGCCGUGGCGAUGCGCCUUACAUCCAAUCCACCUUCUACCUGUUCUUUGGACGUUCCGAGGUUAUAAUGAAAGCCGCACCCGGGCAAGGUAUCGUCUCCAGCGCAAUUUUGCAGUCCGAGGAUUUGGACGAAAUCGACUGGGAGUUCCUCGGUGGAAACAAAACAACCGUCUUAACAAAUUACUACGGCAAGGGAAACAAUACCUACGACCCUGCUCGCGGUAAAGACUUCACGGUGGACGCUGCUCCGCAGGACGAUUUCCACAAUUACACCAUUGAUUGGACCAAGGAGCGCAUUCAGUGGUGGCUCGACGGCAAGAUGAUCCGCGAAUUGAAGUACGCCGACGCUCUCAACGGCGACAAUUACCCUCAAACGCCGAUGAACAUUCGGCUCGGCGUUUGGGCUGGCGGCGACACGGAGAACAAUCCCGAGGACACCGUUACCUGGGCAGGAGGCGAGACCAACUUCGAUGACGGCCCUUUCACCAUGACUGUCCAGAAGGUGUACGCUCAGGAUUACACCACCGCAAAGGAGUAUUCCUGGGAGAACAUGGACGCUUCUGGCUCGUGGGAGAAGGUCAAGGUGAUUGAGGGCAAAUCUACGCAACUCGAAGAGAUCAACAAACCCCACGGCGUGAAGAACCGCUGGAACGCCCUCUCUAAGACCGCCCAAAUCGCCAUCAUCGCGUCCAUUAUCGGCUUCGUCGUCGUCUGCGCCUGCAUUAUCGGGUUCUGCUGCAUCAAGCAGCGACGCGCCGGCCGCCGCGAAUUCGCUGCCCUGCAGGCACAACAAGACAAGGAGGCCGCCGAGCUCCUGCAGUACAAGCAGCAAUACGCAGCGGGACGGUCAGGCUACGGGCGCAUAUGAGAGGGCGAGCGAAGAGAGAAGGAGCGAAGUCCGAAGAAGCUGAGGGGUGCAGGUGCAUAAUGUUUCAGAGCUGCCAAGGGUCUCAUCUUGCGCCAGGCCGUUGCUUCAAGGCACGCCUGCACCUGGGAAACACCGAGGAAAGCGUGUUUUUGUUUGGUUGGCACGCGGUCAUUCUGAGCAAGCUGCUGCUUCACGUCAGUCAUGAAAUUCCGAGAUACCCUCGAGUCGGCACGGCAGGCUUUCAGUUGUAGUAGAUAUUUCUUUAAUCUCUGCACGGCUUGACGCCGUGCUGUGCACAUGGAA